CUCCACUUCGUAAAAUCUGUGUCUAGGUCAGGCAUCAACUCUACUUCACCAUCAUCCCCGCUGUCGCGAUUCUAUCUACACUAGAUAUAUAGUUUCCAUAGAAGUCAUGGGAAAACACCGAGAGAAAGUGUUGGGGUUUUUGCGACAUCGUCGCGUGUCGACCUCGUCAGUCCCGACUAGGGCGUCGUCUACAGAUGGUACGGAAGCUUCAUCCGAUUUAACAGAGCUACAUAUUCCCCCUACAAGCUUGCCGGUUAAUGAGGUCACGACUGGUCUAUCGAGCACCGAGCCGCACUUCACUACGACCGCGGCCCAAGUGGUUCCGGAUGCCACUCUUAGCUGUGCCACAGAAACAGAUGUUCCGUCUAUCAUCCUACAUAUCACCGAACCUUCCGCCGAAGCAAACCCAGGGUCAACAGAACGGCAACUGGCAACUGAAUUCACCGAGGAACAGACCCCAGGACUAUCCAUAUCCCAGAGACUCUGGAAUGCCGCUUACGAUAGCCUUGAGGGGAACAAAGACACCGCGAAGCUUGCCAAAUCUUAUGCGAAGACCCUCACGAAAAUUCUAAAGGCUGAGAAAGAUUUUGGUGUAUCCGUUUCCGAAGACGACAUCUCAACUGAACUGAAAGACCCAAUUAAGCGGCAAGAGUACAUGAAGAAAUUGGUAAAUGAAGGCCAGAAGAAGGCCGCCACAUCAUCGAAGAUCUUAUCAACAGUGGGCGACGUCGCUCAGUUUAUUAUUUCAGCUAAGGGAAUGAUUGAUGCGGCGAUCCAGAAUAUACCACAAGCUGCGCUUCCGUGGGCUGGCGUUUGCAUGGGGUUACAAAUCCUCCUGAAUCCAGUAAAGGCAACAAAAGCCAAUCUUACGGGUAUCGCUCAUGUUACUUCGCGAAUGAGUUGGUACUGUGCCCUGACUGAACAUCUCCUCAACAAGGAAAAUAUCGCGACUGGAAACCAGUCUUUCGCAGUAGUCAUGGAGACACUAGAGAAAGAGAUUAUCGCGCUUUACAGAGCUCUUAUCCUGUAUCAGAUAACCAGUGCCAACUCCUACUACCGGAACCAAAGUACUGUCUUUCUCCGCGGCCUGGCGAACUUAGAUGAUUGGGAUAGUAUCUUUGAGAGUGUUAAGAAAGCUGAAGCUACUGUUGAGCAAAUGUCGGUCCAGUAUCACAGGGAAUACGAGAAGAGCUCGUUGCGCCAACUUGUCAACUCUGGACGAGAAAUGGAGACACGACUUGGCGACAUUCAUCUCGAACUCCAGAAAUUCAUCGCCCAGCAAAAGGAGGCGCGAAUGGAUGACAAGGAUACAGAAUGCCUCCGAGAUCUCUUUGUUGCGGACCCCUCGUAUGACAUGGAGAGGAUUGAGAAUAAGAAGGAUAAAUUGCUUGACGACGCGUUCAGGUGGAUUCUCGGCACAACACAAUUUGCAGCAUUUACCAAUUGGGCUAAUGACGAACCUGACUUGCCUCCGUGUCAGCUGCUGUGGAUCAAGGGUCCUGCUGGUACGGGAAAAACAAUGCUCUUAAUCGGUAUAGUCCGCGAACUCAUAAAUCACUCCGCUGCGCUUGCACCAAAUGUCUCGUAUUUUUUCUGUCAGGGAACAGACAACGCCCGGAACAGCGCCACGGCUGUAUUAAGGUCGCUGAUCUGGAUGCUGGUUGUUCAGCAACCACAUCUCAUUUCUCAUUUACACGCGAAAUACAAAUACUCGGGUCAUUCUCUUUUCACUGACUCGAACGCAUAUUUCGCUUUAUGUGAUGUGUUCGAGGGCAUGCUCAAAGACUCUCGCUUAUCGCGUGCAUAUUUGAUUAUUGAUGCUCUUGAUGAAUGUAGCGAAGAUUUAAACAACCUUAUGCAGCUCAUCUCGACAUCCAUUUCAGUCUGCAAGAAGGUCAAAUGGCUAGUUACUAGCCGCCCCGAGGUAGAGCUCAAUAAUCCAAUACUUGCAGGAGCUCUAGUCGAGCUCGAUGCUCAAAGUCUAGAAGAUCCCGUUAAUGCAUAUAUCAAUCACAAGCUUUCUGCCCUUAGAAACAGAAGGGGAUACUCCGAGGAUAUUUUGGCCAAAAUUUCGAGCGAGAUCCGUCAGCGAGCUGCGAAUAUUUUCUUAUGGGUAGCCCUUGUAUUCAAACAACUGGACGGAGUGCAUGGGUGGGAUGCUAUCGAGACGAUAGAAGGGAUACCCGCUGGCUUAUCGGAGUUGUAUGAUCAUAUGAUGAUCAGAAUUGAGAAGCUUAGCGAUAAGCAAUAUUGCAAGGAUAUCUUGGUAGCUUCUUCUCUAGCUUAUCGCCCACUCUCUCUUCCUGAACUUUCCGUGCUUGCAGGUUUGCCAACUAAAGUUCACCUGCAGACAAUUAUCGAGGAAUGUGGUUCAUUUUUAACAAUUAAUGGAGGAACAGCCUAUUUAAUUCACCAGUCAGCGAAGGACUACCUAACCAAGAAUUAUGACUCGAAGCUUCGGUCAGGUGGGGUUGCCCAAGGGCAUACGGACAUCUACAAGCGGUCAAUCGCGGCUAUAUCAAAACUGCAGAAAAAUAUCUAUAGCCUUCCAGACUUCGGGUUCAGACCAAAGGAUGCACAACCACCUGAUCCAGACCCGUUGGCUCCAAUGAGAUACUCCUGCCUUUUCUGGGCCGACCAUCUCUGCGACGCCUCCAAACCUAGGAAUGAACUAGAAGAUGACGAGGUAGUAUGGUCAUUUUUGAAGGACCAUAUCCUCCACUGGCUGGAGAGUCUGUCUCUCCUUGGAAGGCUCCCAGACAGCGUACGUUCAAUAAGGAAACUUCUGCAAGAGUUACAAUCUAGUAUAAGUCCUCGGCUUAGUAGAUUCCUUAAAGACACAGAGACGUUUAUACUUAGUUAUGGGUCAAUUAUAGAUCGGGCACCCUUGCAAGCAUAUGGCUCGGCGCUUGUGUUUAGCCCAAGAUUAAGUGAGGUAAAAAAACAGCAAUGGAAGGAGAGACUACUAUUUAUUAAAGAUAUUCAUGGCAUAAAAGAUCGCGACGUGCAUUUACAGACGCUUGAGGGCCAUAGCGAGGUGGUAACAGCAGUUGCAUUCUCGCCAGACGGCAAGACGCUAGCAUCGGCAUCAAAUGACUGGACAGUACGGCUAUGGGAUGCCGCAAUAGGAACGCUUCAGCAGACGCUUAAGGGCCAUAACGGGCCGGUUUUAGCAAUUACAUUCUCGCCAGACGGCAAAAUACUAGCAUCAGCAUUAAUUAACGGAAUGGUACAGCUAUGGGAUGCUGCAACAGGAGCGCUCCAGCUAACACUUAAGGGCCAUAGCGACGAGGUUAAUGCAAUUACAUUCUCGCCAGACGGCAAGACGCUAGCAUCAGCAUCAGAUGACGGGACAGUACGGCUAUGGGAUGCUGUAACAGGAGCGCUCCAGCAGACGCUUGAGGGCCAUAGCCAGGCGGUAAUAGCAGUUACAUUCUCGCCAGACGGCAAGACACUAGCAUCAGCAUCAAAUGACGGGACAGUACGGCUUUGGGAUGCCGUAAUAAGAGCGCUUCAGCAGACGCUUGAGGGCCAUAACGGGCCGGUUUGGGCGAUUACAUUCUCGCCAGACGGCAAGACGCUAGCAUCAGCAUCAAAUGACGGGACAGUAUGGCUAUGGGAUGCUGUAACAAGAGCGCUCCAGCAGACGCUCGAGGGCCAUAGCCAGGCGAUUAGAGCAAUUGCAUUCUCGCCAGAUGGCAAGACACUAGCAUCGGCAUCAGAUGACUGGACAGUACGGCUAUGGGAUAUCACAAUAGGAGCGCUUCAGCAGACGCUCGAGGGCUAUAACAGGUGGGGUAGAGUAAUUGUAUUCUCGCCAGAUGGCAAGAUAUUAGCAUCAGCAUUAAAAAACGGGACAGUACAGCUAUGGGAUUCUGCAACAGGAGCGCUCCAGCAGACACUCGAGGGCCAUAGCCAUUGGGUUUCAGCAAUUACGUUCUCACCAGACGGCAAGACGCUAGCAUCAGCAUCAUUUGAUAGGACAGUACGGCUAUGGGAUGCUAUAACAGGAGCGCUCCAGCAGGCGCUUAAGGGCUAUGAGUGGGUUUCAGCAAUUGCAUUCUCGCCAGAUGGCAAGACGCUAGCAUUGGCAUUAAGUGACGGGACAGUACGGCUAUGGGAUGCUAUAACAGGAGCGCUCCAGCAGACGCUCGAGGGCCAUAAGUGGGUUUCAGCAAUUGCAUUCUCGCCAGACAGCAAGACGCUAGCAUUGGCAUUAAUUGAUGGGACAGUAUGGCUAUGUGAUUCUGCAACAGGAGCGCUUCAGCAGAUGCUCGAGGGCCAUAGGAGGGUUUCAGCAAUUGCAUUCUCGCCAGAUGGUCAAUUUCUUGAAACAAGUUAUGGAUAUAUAAGAAUUUCCUCCCACUCAGAUAUACAAACGCCAUAUAACCCCUCAGACAAUACUGUGUUUAUUACUGACGAGUGGAUAACUAAGGAUGGAAAGUAUUUACUCUGGCUUCCUAUAGAUUAUAGGACCAUACAUGUAGCUAUACAUGGUAAUAUUCUUGCCUUUGGACUUGAGUCAGGAAGAGUGAUUUUCUUGCGAUUCAAUUUCUAAGCUUGCUAAAUAUAUAAAAAAU